CUCGCAUCAGUAACGCCCUCUCGAAUUUCCUGUUUAUAUUGCUAUAAUCAAGUCGACACUUUACUUGUACAUCAAGCAUUCAUUUAUUCAUCUUGACCAGACGAUUUUUCUGUCGUUAUAACGUUCUUAAUGGAUACCUGUACGAAGUUUCUUCUUUGAACCAUGAUGAGGUACUUUUCGUAACGCAGUCAAAACUGGUUCUGACUGGUUCUGCACAUCAGACACAAAAUAAUUUGAAAGAUCAAACCGCAAUUCAAUGGAAUGACUGGAACGACAAGGGAAUUGUCAUUUUAUAGAUUAACAUGCUUUAUACACGCAGGAGAAGUGCUGUUUAUUGCUACAAAUGAUUUUCACUGAAUUAUUUCCAGGACGUUGUUCAAGCGGCAUACAUUCCCCCGAGGAAACCGAGCAGGCACGUCUAGCAGCAGUCAGACAGAACUGCCGUAUAUUUUUAAUACAGUUAUACCUGUGAAUACACGUUGUAAAAACACGUCAUAGUUGGAUGUAGGGAAUAAACAAUAACAAAGUGAGCACGAGGCAUGUGCCGGUGAUGGACUCAUCAUAGAUUACCUACCUGGAUUGUGAACCUUGCAGCGGGGAACUGUGCUGGACUGGACCGUACUGUAAUGCGGCAGAGACGAAAAGCAUUUCUGUAAAUAAGACCGUCUUAAUAUACAGAAUGUUUACCCUUACAGAAGUUGCUUCUCUCAACGAUAUACAACCAACAUACCGGAUUUUAAAACCAUGGUGGGAUGUAUUUAUGGACUACUUAGCUGUUGUCAUGCUUAUGGUGGCCAUCUUUGCAGGUACCAUGCAAUUAACCAAAGAUCAAGUAGUUUGUCUUCCAGUUUUGCAAGACUCAAAAAGUGAAAACCAACAUGGAAGCCUGGCUAAAGAGGUGACUUUAGGAACCGUACCACCAACUACAGCAGAUAACAAAGCCAAUGAGAUUCAGUACACCCAAACACCAAGCCCUGCAGUUGAAAUAUCUGAUCCAGAACCUACAGGACGCAAAACCAACUUAGAUUAUCAGCAGUAUGUUUUUGUUAACCAGAUGUGCUAUCAUGUGGCCCUGCCUUGGUACUCCAAGUACUUUCCUUAUCUUGCUCUGAUUCACACAAUUGUCCUCAUGGUCAGCAGCAACUUCUGGUUCAAGUAUCCAAAGACGAGUUCGAAGAUCGAGCAUUUUGUUUCUAUUUUGGGGAAGUGUUUCGAGUCCCCUUGGACCACAAAAGCUCUGUCUGAAACGGCCUGUGAAGAUUCAGAAGAGAACAAGCAGCGGCUCACCGGUGCGACUUCUUUACCAAAGCACGUGUCGACCAGCAGUGACGAAGGGAGUCCAGGUCAGACAACCCCAAUGCUGACAAAAACAGGCGUGAGAUUUUCUGCCGAAAAACCCGUUAUCGAGGUUCCUUGCAUGACUAUUUUGGAUAAGAAAGAUGGCGAACAGGCCAAGGCGCUUUUUGAGAAGGUCAGGAAGUUCCGUGCCCAUGUUGAGGACAGUGACUUCAUAUAUAAAUUGUAUGUCAUUCAGACUGUGAUCAAAACGGUCAAGUUCAUUUUGAUUUUGUGCUAUACUUUAACCUUUGUAGCUGCAAUCAACUUUGACCACUUUUGCAAGCCAGAUGUAGAGCAUCUAACAGGCUACUCCACAUUUUACUGCACUCACAACAUGGCAUUUAUGUUAAAAAAGCUGCUCAUCAGCUACAUUGCCCUCAUUUGUGUCUACGGCCUUGUCUGUUUGUAUACCCUGUUCUGGUUAUUUAGGCGCCCUUUGAAGGAAUACUCCUUUGAGAAAGUACGAGAAGAAAGCAGCUUUAGUGACAUUCCGGACGUUAAGAAUGAUUUUGCAUUCCUUUUGCACAUGGUGGAUCAAUAUGAUCAGUUGUAUUCCAAAAGGUUUGGGGUUUUUCUGUCCGAGGUCAGUGAGAACAAGCUUCGUGCGAUUAGCCUGAACCACGAGUGGGCCUAUGAGAAGCUGCGACAGCAUGUAACAAGGAACGCCCAAGACAAGCUGGAGCUUCACCUCUUCAUGCUGUCUGGGGUCCCUGAUGCAGUGUUUGACCUCACCGACCUGGACAUCUUAAAGCUGGAACUGAUACCUGAAGCCAAGCUUACUGCUAAGAUUUCUCAAAUGACCAGCCUUCAGGAAGUGCAUUUUUACCACUGUCCAGCCAAGGUGGAGCAGACGGCUUUCAGCUUUCUCCGUGACCACCUGCGGUGCCUUCAUGUCAAGUUUACAGACGUUGCUGAAAUUCCAACCUGGGUCUAUUUGCUUAAAAACCUGAGGGAACUGUACUUGGUAGGUAAUCUGAAUUCUGAGAACAACAAGAUGAUAGCCUUGGAGUCUCUCAGAGAUUUGAGACAUCUGAAGAUCUUGCAUCUCAAGAGUAACCUCACCAAGAUUCCAACAAACAUCACUGACCUGUCCCCACAUUUAACCAAACUAGUCGUACACAACGAUGGAACCAAACUUGUAGUACUGAACAGCUUAAAGAAGAUGAUGAACUUGGCUGAACUGGAGCUGCACAACUGUGAACUUGAGAGAAUUCCUCAUGCCAUAUUCAGCUUAACUAAUUUGCAAGAGCUGGACCUGAAAUCAAAUAACAUUCGCACAAUUGAAGAAAUCAUUAGCUUGCAGCACCUCAAGCGGCUAACCUGUCUUAAACUGUGGCACAACAAAAUUAUCACCAUUCCUUUAUCGAUAAGCCAUGUCAAGAACCUUGAAUGGCUGUAUCUGUCUAACAACAAACUAGAAUCGCUGCCCACGUCGAUCUUCCUACUCCAGAAGCUCCGAUAUUUAGAUGUAAGUUACAACAACAUUGCAGUGAUUCCCAAUGAAAUUGUCUCCCUGCAUGACCUGCAGCAUUUUGCCAUUACAGGAAACAAAGUGGAAAUUUUACCAAAGCCGCUUUUUAAAUGCACAAAGAUAAGGACAUUAUUCCUGGGACAGAACUGCAUCGCCGCAAUUCCAGAUGAAAUAGGCCAGUUGCUGCAGCUUACUCAGCUCGAACUAAAGGGAAACUGCUUGGAUCGCCUCCCAUCACAACUAGGUCUCUGUCGUCUUCUCAAGAAAAAUGGUCUUAUUGUAGAGGACCACCUUUUUGACACCCUGCCCCUGGAGGUGAAGGAAAUGAUCAGUCUCGAGUCUAGUGCCCCCUUUGCUAAUGGUGUGUAAUUUUACAAAAGCCGAACAAACUCGACCAUGAUAUUUUUAUGUAUCCCAAACACGUAAGUGCACUAGUGUGAUGAUGACCCCUUUUAACGUGAAGGGAGAUGAGAGUUCCAUAUUCUGCUGGUCAGGUUUCGAUGGGAACUGCAGUUGUAGGCGAUGGUUCACUUUCUUUAGUCAUUUGUUUAUAGAACAGAUUCUUGUUAACAAACCUACUAGAGCUGAGUUUCUGAUUUAACAAUGAGACACCAAGUGUAUGAGAGAUUAAUAAUUAAAAAAAAAAAAAACACGCUUGUCAAGCAACAAUGUCAUUCUACCAUAAUUUUAGUAUGAUAACAUUGGGUUAUGAAAACUUUUACUUUUUAGUCUUUAGUUGCUCAUCACCCCCAAUACCUAUUGAAUUGACACAGAGCACCCCCAAAGAAACUUAAUACAGAGUGCUUAUAAAGUUUGUUCUCAUUCCUCAGUGUCAUACUGCAGUUUCACGUGUGAAGCUGCUCCACACAGGAGCUGUUUCAAACCAGCUUCUGGCAUAGCUUUUUGAUUUUGUACUCCAAGAUCAUUCAAAGUAAAGGGCUAUUCACACCAUAGUGUUUAUUCGCUGCAUUUUUUAUGCCCGACAUUUCGCAGCUAUUUUUGUAUUCAGACUUGCGCAUCAAAUAUCACAGGCAAGAUAGGGGAAUGUCACUAUAGCAGUGCAGAAUAUCUUGUUCUUUUGAUAAGCAGCACAAGAAAUAUCUCGAUAAAGAAAACAAAUAAAUUAUGGGAAAGUAUGAAGAAAUCAGGAAGUAAGCACUAUUGGUAUGUUAAAAUAAACACGCUGUUUUUGACUACAGGUUUUCGUUAAAUGUCCGGGUGUAGCGUCUAGAAAGUGCGUGCCACGAGAUACCGUGACCCAUUAGAUAUAUUCCACGCACAGUGAAGGAGUCGCCGGUAACAAGGUAUCUCUGAGAAAUAAAAAUCAAAAACACACCAGAAUGCAUUGACGUGAUUGCAUUCGGUAGGCCUGUCUGUACUUCUAAUUUUGUUUAAACAGUGUUUUUGUUGUCAAUAAUUGUUUUAGAUUAUUUGUUACCAGUACAGCGUCCUAUCUGACACAUGCUUCUUUUUUAUAGGUACCCCGUACUCAGGGUGCCCAUUCGCGCUACACACACCCAACCUAACCAUAUAUAUGCGGUAUGGUAACCUCUUAAAUUUCAGAACUACAUACGUAAAUACAACAGAAUUUGUAGGCUGUGCUAUACACAUACAUACAUGUUUGUGUAGAUCUUUAUUUCUCUUAUUUGGAGUAAUAACCAUACGGCAGCUUGCAACUGAUCCAUAUUGCAUUCAGAUUUAUAUCAAAAUUCAGCAGGACAGGGUGGUGGGUGCUGCGUUCUUCGCAGUGAAUAUCGCAUAAGUGUGAAAGGUAGUAUUCAAUUCGAUAGGUUUGAUUUAUUUUAUUAUUUAUUUAUUUAUUUAUUUACCUUUAGAAAACACAGCGAAUAAACGCUAUAGUGUGAAUAGCCCUGAAAUCUUGAAUUAACUCCUGUUUUAAAAGGCGAUAAUUCCAAGUGUUGCAAAAGUAACACAUUGAGAGAGCUUACGAAAUGACCGUUUAGUAUUUUGUAGACUACAGUAUUUGUUGAAAUAUCCAUUACUUAUCAAGUUCUUCCCCCACCCCAUGUCGUCUUUGCAAAUAAUGUAACAACUUGUUUUUUCAAUGCACCAUGAACAGCUGUUAGGGUCUGACCAGGAACAAUUUGAAGUAAUCUAAGUACGCUAUUUAUGUGCUAAUUAAUAAAGCAAUCAUUAAACCAGUACAUUCUGAACAGUAAUACGGGUGUUGUUGCUCGUUUUAUAAUUGUUACGUGAGCUGUACUGGAACAGAGGUGAAUGGUAAGAAACAAGGCUGUAGCUGAAACCUUUUACAGGAGCAACAAAGACGUUGAAAAUACAAAAGCUAUGAAGACCACAGGAGGACCCUCCAUCAGAUAAAAGUUGAUUUGAGAACAAAUGGACCAUUUGAAAAUGAACGCAUGUAUCCGACUGCUUGUGUUUUUCAGUAUAAUAAUGGUAUUUACACAAUAAAACUAGUAAUUAGAAUCAUAUGAGAAUGUACCACUUCAGCUUGCAAACAGUGGUUGUGAACCUAUUUAGUUCAGUCUUCCACUGUAGAACACUGUGGAGUAAUAUAGUGACAGAUAUUUGUUUUUUGUCUUAAGUGAAAGCACCUGUUGCCUAGCUUAGUUCUAUCCUAUGAGGAAACAAUUUUUAGAGGCCAACGUGAAAUUAAAUUGUUCUAAUGGAGAAAAAUACUGGUAAUCUAGCUGAUAGUACUAAAAUAGAAUGAGCAUUUCAGUACAUAGCUGGCCUCAAAUUGAUUUCUAAUUUAUUUAUCUUUGUGUACACAAAAAAGGGCUGCUAAGUGUGCCUAAUUCAAGAAAUAGCAGUGUCUUUAAAAUGUUGGUGGUUGUUGCAUGUAUUGCCAGUGAAGCUUGUUAGAGAAUCGUGAUGGUCCCAAGAUACAAGUUAGGCCUGUUUUACUGUAUCUCCCUGUAUACACUACAGUAACAGUGACAGAUUGUAAGAUCAAAAUGUGCUUUAUUACUAACAUUUACUAACAUAUUAAAAUAACACAAUGGCUAUACUAUUUAUCUCAGAACUUUUCCUGAGACUAAAGUUCUGAUGCUGAUAUAGCUAUGCAGUUCUAAACCACUGGUUUCCUGUUGGAAGCAAUCUUCACAACUUAAAAUGAUGCCGCAGUUAAAAUUCCAAAAAGAAAAGUGGGUUUCAUAUGGUUAUUUAACGCAAAUAACGGUAGAUGCACAGUGGGUAGAAACAUAACUUAGAGUUCUAUUACAUUUCAAAUCAAAUUUCAGAAUGUUUGCACCCCUUCUGUCUUUUGAAGCUUUUAUAUACUGGUACUGAUCUAGUUAUUUUCAGAAAAGAUGGUGCAACAGCCAUGUUGUUUUUACAGUGAAAGCUGAAUAAAUCAUACCUUUAAAAACCAUUCGUCUUUGGGAGGCCUUGAUAGGCCCUAGAUAAAAACCCUCAACCCAAAGUCAGACUUGCACUUUAUUUAUCUGACAGUGUAUUUUGAAUGGGGAAAGUAAAACCAGUUGCCUAGGCAUUGUGUUGGAAAUGUAGAAUGCUAAAUGUUUUUUUUUUUUUUUUUUUUAAAUCUAUUUUUGUAUUUAAUGUCUUCGUAUGAUUCUUUGUUCACAGAUCAAUAAUAAACUAGAAAGCACCCUAUCGUUGUGGAACCAAAUCCUAUCCUGGGUACACAGCUCCUUCAUUCUUAACUCUCAAAGAGUUUAGACAUUAUAACAAUUGCAUAGGGUAUUCGGGAAGCAUAAGCUAUGAAUAUACUUUGCUCUGGUUUUAUGACUAUUUAUUAUGUUUAAGGGUCACUUCCUGUCCCUCAAUGAUGAAAAACUGGAGAAUCACUUUUCCAAACCCACAUACCAUUAAAAGUUUGCAGAAAUAAAAGGUUCAGUCAUGAAAAUCCAACAAACAUGUCCCUACAUAACACAAAACAAAGGUACCAGUUUUUAAUUACUGUAACCUACUUUGUUUCUGUUUUGAUAUAGUUUCAGUAAACUAAAAGAAACUUCUCCUGACAAAUGUAUCAAUUAAAAGUCUUUUUGCAAAGUUUAUUUUUUUUUAUUACUAUUCUACCACUGAGUGUGUUUUAUAGCUUUGGAUGGUUUGUUUCUAUUUUGUCAAGUAUUAACCAAAACAAAAUACCUGUACUAAUGAGCUGUGCGUAUUUUGGAACAAAGUAUUAAAGCGGGAUAAGGCUUAUUGUGCUGUUUGCUUUUUACAGUUUUUAUUUAUAAAUAAAAUAUUAUGCGGCUGUUUA